AUGAGCAUCAAAACAUCAGAAGCAUUCAAUACCACUGCAAAGGAAAUUACUGACGAGGUAAGCACAUUCUCCCCNGGAACUACAGCUGCUCCAACAGCCACAGUGCCUACAGGAUCUGCAGAUCCUUCAACAGCUACAACUCAAGCUGCAUCAGGUUCAACAAUUUCAGGAGGAACUAAUCCUACAGGUGGCACAACUAUUUCACCAGGCACUGGAUCUUCAGCAACCCUAGAUCCGACCGGUACCACUGCAGCACCUACAACCACGCCUCCAAUUGGGUGUGAUUCAAACCCAUGUCUUGGUGGAAGCACCUGUGAAGACCGUCACCAGACAUUCGUGUGUUUGUGUCUGCCUGGUGACGAUUAUAUUGACAACAGCUGUAAAAGGGCCAAAGUUUUCCCUAAACUACUGAAAUUGUUGGAUAAAUAUGAGGAAGCUAUGAGUGACAAAAAAACAGCGAAAUUCAGAGAGACUGCAGACAAAAUUACUAAAGCGCUGAACGACCAGUUCUCGUCGAAUGCUAAAUACAGUCGUUCUGUUGUGCUGGAACUCCGGAGAUCAUUACAAAGCAAAGCAAGGUCAGAAACAGGGAAAGUUGAAGCAUCAGUAGAAAUCAUCUAUGAUAACGAUGCUGAAAUAACAACUGGGGGAGUAGAUGAAGAAUUGAAAAAAGUUGUCUGCAAUGACAGUGAGAAGAAGUGUCCACUGGAGGGAACAGCUGAAACCACGCCAAUUUGUGAUAAAGCAUGUGAUCUUAUAACAACAACAUGUAAAGAUGACAAUGGCGUUUACAAUUGCACAUGUAAAGAUGGCUACUAUCCAAGUGCCUUCAUUGACAGGGAAUGCAUAGCAUGUCCUCCUGGUCAGAAAUAUGACGGCGAAACUUGUGUCAAUUGUUCUCCUCUCCUCACUGGUAUUAACUGCAAUGACAACACAGCGCUGAUCCUCGUCAUCGUUGUCUCAAUCGUUGGAGCCCUGCUGAUCAUCGCGUUGAUCGUUUUGCCGAUAGUUUUAAGCAAAAACAAGAAGAAAAAAUCCAAGAAAGGGGAAGAUAGUUUGGAGCCCUACUACAGCCAUUCUGUUGCCAAGGCACCAGUAUCUAAUGGCAGUGGCUUUGGUUAUGGCCCCUCCGUCAAAGAGUCAGCAUACAACCUUUCAGCAAAUACUGGGGCCCCUCGAAUCCCACGGGCCACACACACUAGCAACUGGGACAAGACCAACCUGGAGAUGACGCCCAGCAACAGCCGACAGAACUUGAUUCCUUCGGGGAGGAACUCGAACAACCCCUAUGAUCACGUCGUGCAACGGAGCAACCCAUAUGGACAGAGCGGAGGCAUGAACCCCUACAGUCAGAACCGAGGCCAGACCAACCCUUACUUCAAUUAAGGGGAGGAGAGCUGAAUCACUUGAGGGCUUCUAUUGGGGUACUUUUCUCAGGAUACUGCACUUUACUGGAUUCCAUUUGAUGUAAAAGUUGUUAACAGGAGCUGAGAUAUGUAAUGAGGUGUAAUAAAUAUCAUUUUAGCCUCUUCUGUAUGACUCUUAUGGGUAAUUAUAAGCUCUCGUAAAACAGUCCUGUGUUUCAAUGUCAAAAUCGUAAAUUUAGCUUAUGAUUCAUACAUUCUUAGUCAACUGACCUUUCAGUAAUGUCAUUUUGUUUAACAUAUAUACAGAAUUUGUUCUAAGUUCAUUCUAACAGAUCAAAAACUCAGGAUUUUAAGUUUAGCAAUAACAAAGUCAGGGCUUUUUACCUGGUUAAUUUAUUUUUGUGUUCAUCUAUGAAUUUACUUUUUUGCAAUGUAAUUUUUUGGUAAAGGAGAUGAGCUGAAAAUUUCUCCAAGUCAAAAAGAAAA